GACCGCCAACCAGGCCAGAGAGGACGUCGCCAAGCAACUCAAGACUGCUCAGGAGAAGAUGAUCGACCUGGAGACGGACCUGGAGGAGGUCAACGACAGCGAGCAGAGAUGGGCCGCCAAGCACAAGCGAGCCCUCGAACAGAUGGAACAGCUACAGCAGAAGGUGAUCCAGGAGCAACAUCUGAGCGAACAACUGGACAGUGAGAAGGUCUCCAUGGAACGCCAGCUGCGAGGCCUACGUCUGGAGGUGGAGGAGCUGCACAGCUCCAGGGUGCAGGAGGACGUCAUCUCCAAGUCAGAGGGACGCGUCAAAGAGCUGGAGAACGCCCUGAGGGCCGAGGAGCGGAACAAAUUGGUGCUGAGCAACAAUGUCAACAAGCUGGAGAGGAAAAUCUGUGAGCUCAGUGACCAGAUGGAGGAGGAGCAUCGGAUUUCUACUGAACAGAAAGACCUGGUAGGACACACACUCGCACACACCCACACAAACGCCUAUACACACCUAUGAUACAUUUUGGUUUGGUUUCAU